UUAAUGCUGGUCAUCCCCCUGGGGGCUGCGGACACUGGUCAGUCUGGUCAGUGUUCGGACAUCUUGGUGUCCGGCAAGUAUCCCAUCCCAGACAGCGCUAUAACAGCGUCUUCGUACUUUAACAUAGACACCUGGUGGUACAAGCACCUUCCACAGCAAGCACGUAUUCACCUAGUGUCUGAUGAUAAUGGUAACGGUGGAUGGAGUGCCUACAGUGGAGGCGUCCAGGAAUGGCUGCAAUUUGAUUUAGAAUUCCCAAGAUUGCGUCUAGCAACUGGUCUUGCACGUGCACCUCAUCCAAAGGAAAGACUCGCACUUGCCUUUGCAGUAACCGAGACUCUUGCAGUGGUCAUCACAUAUCGUCUCCUUUGUUGGACAGCCAGACCCAGCGUUUGCCUCCUCAACCACUGA